AUGCCCUUAUCAAUUGCCCGCUCAUCGAUCAUUAUGCAGAUUCUGUCCGAGAGUCAUAUCCGAGACAACCUUACCCUGCUGAUUCUUUCGCCGCUGCGCUCACAACGCAGUCCUCUGAUCUCCGCCCUUUGGCAGUCCCCACCAUUCUGGGCCUUGAUCUUCUACAACCCACCGCAGCCUCAACUGGGAAAGAGUGGGAAUCAGCUGGUCAUGGGGCUGGCCGACAUGGACCCAGCGCUCUGA